CUCCGGUGGCGGAGUGAUGCGGCAGCAGCAGCAGCAGGCGAAGGCGCGGAGGGAUACCAGGUUCUGAAGUGGCAGCACUGCGGCCGCUUAGUUCUCCUGCUCUUUCACCGCAGCUGUCAGAGAGCAACGGAAGGAAGCGCUCCCGCGUGAUGCUCCGCUUGAGACCAGGACAUUUGAUUUGAAAGACGUCACAAGCUGCGGCCGAACACUUUCCCAAGGCAGCGUCGUUUUGGUAUAAUUUACCUGGAGGGGUGACACCUCUCAAGCCGUGCAUCACCUGAGAGGAGAACAAGAGCGACUGCGCCAACAUGGGGUACGGACAGUCAGACAGUUACCGCGUUGCCACCACACAGGACAAAGAUGACCGAUCCCCCAAGAAGAAGAAGGGGGGCACCAAAGACAUGGACGACCUGAAGAAGGAGGUGCCUAUUACGGAACACAAGAUGUCUGUGGAGGAAGUGAGCCGAAAAUUUCAGACCGACAUCGUCCAGGGGCUGACCAACGCCAGGGCUGCAGAGUUUCUGCUGAGGGAUGGUCCAAACGCUCUCACCCCUCCCCCCACCACUCCAGAGUGGGUCAAGUUCUGUCGUCAGCUGUUUGGUGGCUUCUCCGUCUUGUUGUGGACCGGCGCCAUCCUCUGCUUCCUGGCCUACGCCAUUCAGGCCGCCACGGAAGACGAUCCCGCUGGAGACAACUUGUACCUGGGAAUCGUCCUCACCGCCGUCGUCGUCAUCACCGGCUGCUUCUCCUACUUCCAAGAAGCCAAGAGUUCCAAAAUCAUGGAGUCCUUCAAGAACAUGGUUCCUCAGAAAGCCCUGGUGAUCCGUGAAGGUGAGAAGGUCCAGAUCAACGCUGAGGAGGUGGUGGCCGGUGAUCUGAUUGAAGUGAAGGGCGGAGACAGGAUUCCCGCCGACAUCAGGGUGGUGUCAGCUCACGGCUGCAAGGUGGACAACUCCUCCCUGACCGGGGAGUCUGAACCCCAGAGCAGGUCACCUGACUGUACCCACGACAACCCCCUGGAGACCAGGAACGUCGCCUUCUUCUCCACCAACUGUGUUGAAGGUACCGCACGUGGCAUCGUCAUCUGCACCGGAGACCGCACCGUCAUGGGCCGCAUCGCCACUCUGACCUCAGGGCUGGAGACGGGCAAGACCCCCAUCGCCAAGGAGAUCGAGCACUUCAUCCACAUCAUCACGGGAGUGGCCGUCUUCCUGGGCAUCACCUUCUUCGUCCUGGCCCUGGUCCUGGGCUACAGCUGGCUGGAGGCCGUCAUCUUCCUCAUCGGCAUCAUCGUGGCCAACGUGCCUGAGGGGCUGCUGGCCACUGUCACUGUGUGUCUGACCCUGACCGCCAAACGUAUGGCCAAGAAGAACUGUCUGGUGAAGAACCUGGAAGCUGUGGAAACCCUGGGCUCCACCUCCACCAUCUGCUCCGACAAGACGGGCACCCUGACCCAGAACAGGAUGACCGUGGCCCACAUGUGGUUUGACAACCAGAUCCUCGAGGCCGACACCACCGAGGACCAGUCUGGUGCUGCGUUCGACAAGACGUCGGUGACGUGGCUGUCCCUGGCACGCGUGGCCGCUCUGUGCAACCGCGCGCAGUUCAAAGCUGGACAGGACUCCGUGACCAUCCUGAAGCGUGACGUCGCCGGCGACGCCUCAGAGUCGGCGCUGUUGAAGUGCAUCGAGCUGAGCUGCGGCUCGGUCCGAAUGAUGAGGGACAGGAACAAGAAGGUGGCUGAGAUCCCCUUCAACUCCACCAACAAGUACCAGCUCUCAGUGCACGAGACCGAGGACCCCAACGACAACCGUUACCUGCUGGUGAUGAAGGGCGCUCCGGAGAGGAUCCUGGAACGCUGCUCCACCAUCCUGCUGCAGGGCAAGGAGCAGCCAAUGGACGAAGAGCUGAAGGAUUCGUUCCAGAACGCUUACAUGGAACUGGGAGGACUGGGAGAGAGAGUACUGGGUUUCUGCCACCUGAUGCUUCCAGAGGAUCAGUAUCCAAAGGGUUUCGCCUUUGACACAGAUGACGUCAACUUCCAGACGGACAACCUGUGUUUCGUGGGACUCAUGUCCAUGAUCGACCCACCCCGCGCCGCCGUGCCCGACGCCGUGGGCAAAUGUCGAUCAGCUGGAAUCAAGGUCAUCAUGGUCACAGGAGAUCAUCCAAUCACUGCCAAGGCCAUCGCAAAGGGCGUGGGCAUCAUCUCAGAAGGCAAUGAAACGGUGGAGGACAUCGCAGCUCGUCUCAAUAUACCUGUCAGUCAGGUGAACCCCAGGGACGCCAAGGCCUGUGUGAUCCACGGUACCGACCUGAAAGAUCUGUCCCAGGAUCAGAUGGACGACAUCCUGAGGAAUCACACUGAGAUUGUGUUUGCCAGAACCUCCCCACAACAGAAACUCAUCAUUGUGGAGGGAUGUCAGAGACAGGGCGCCAUCGUGGCCGUGACAGGUGACGGUGUGAACGACUCUCCUGCCCUGAAAAAAGCCGACAUCGGUGUUGCCAUGGGGAUCUCAGGCUCCGACGUGUCCAAACAGGCGGCCGACAUGAUCCUGCUGGACGACAACUUCGCCUCCAUCGUCACAGGAGUGGAAGAAGGUCGUCUGAUCUUCGACAACCUGAAGAAGUCCAUCGCCUACACACUGACCAGCAACAUUCCAGAAAUCACACCCUUCCUCUUCUUCAUCAUCGCCAACAUCCCUCUGCCGCUGGGAACCAUCACCAUCCUCUGCAUCGACCUGGGCACUGACAUGGUUCCUGCCAUCUCUCUGGCCUACGAAGCAGCUGAGAGUGACAUCAUGAAGCGUCAGCCCAGGAACCCCUUCAGAGACAAGCUGGUCAACGAGAGGCUCAUCAGCAUCGCCUACGGACAGAUUGGGAUGAUCCAGGCUCUGGGAGGAUUCUUCGCCUACUUUGUCAUCCUGGCUGAGAACGGUUUCCUGCCCUCCUACCUCGUGGGCCUCAGGCUGAACUGGGACGACCGCUCGCUCAACGACCUAGAAGACAGCUACGGACAAGAAUGGACGUACGAGCAGAGGAAGAUCGUGGAGUUCACCUGUCACACGGCGUUCUUCGUCAGCAUCGUGGUGGUGCAGUGGGCCGACGUCAUCAUCUGUAAGACCAGACGGAACUCUGUGUUCCAGCAGGGCAUGAAGAACAAAAUCCUGAUCUUCGGCCUGUUUGAGGAGACCGCUCUGGCCGCCUUCCUGUCCUACUGUCCAGGGAUGGACGUGGCCCUCAGGAUGUACCCUCUAAAGNNNCCCUGGUGGUUCUGUGCAUUCCCGUACAGUUUUCUCAUCUUUGUUUACGAUGAAGUUCGAAAACUCAUCCUGCGUCGGAACCCUGGAGGUUGGGUGGAGAGGGAGACCUACUAUUGAUCAACAGAGCAUCAGCGCUCAAUCCCCCCUUAUCUCCCUCUUACCCCCCCACCCUCCUCCCCCCUCAUCGCUCCACCCCUGGAUGUCCUGCCUCCUUAAAGACAAAAAAAAGCUUUGAAGCAAUUUUCAUCACAACCGCC